UCUGGGAUAAAUACGAAAUGGCAACUACGCAGAAGUAGCGAGCGGCGUCAGACUACAUAAAGGCGCAGCAACAGCGUCUGCAACAUCAGUCACUGAACUUACCCUCUUCUGUUGCAAGCAAGACGAACACUGAGCACGAUGUCUUCCCUACGAGCUGUUCUGGUCGUCGUGGCCCUGAUCGCCCUCGUGUCCGUGGCCUUCGCGAUGCCAGGCUACGGAGGCUACGUCAGGCCGUCCUACCACGGCUCAUCCCACGGCUUCCACGGCUCAUCCCUCGGCUUCCACGGCUCCUCCCACGGCUCCCACGGCUCCUACGGCUCCGUCGGCUACGGCCGACCCUCCUACGGAUACAACAGGCCUUACGGACAUCGCUGGUGAGGCAGCGGACGCGGACGCCAGACCGAGGGAGGCGCUGGCGAUUCUCGAGGAGCGGAAUCUAGGCGACGACGCUGGCAGGGAUCGACGAAGCCUUUAGGAAGACCCGCGGGGAAAUGUCUUGGGUUUUGGUGUCGUUUCCCGGAGGUCGUGACACCGCUUGAAGAUUUUUCGUUCGUUUGCCUGUUUGUUUGUUGGCAUUAUUUGCACCUGUUACUAGUUCUUUAUUUAUUAUUAUUUUUUUAAAGGAUUUAUGUGUUUCUGUUGUUAAGUUGGUUGAAUGAUUAUUAAAACGAGUUGGAAUUGAUAUGUUAAGCGGGAAAUUUAAAUGUGAAAUUAAUAAAAUAAUAAGAAACUUUA